GCACAGGUUUUAGAGCCCAAGGGGCUGGCUCAAUCUCAACACACAUGGACUCAUCGGCUCCUUCCCUGUUUGUCUUUGGUCUUUUGUGACAUCUCUUUAUUACUGAUGGAUGCACUUGGCGUUACAGAGACAGCCUUGUGUGUUUCAGGUGGGGUUGGCAGUGCCGUUUUUAAUAAAUUACAGAUUUGUGCAAGUUCUGUGUCAGAGCUACUUCAGGAGAGGUGAUAUCAGGACUGGAAGUGAGAUUUCUUGCUGAUUCUGGAGAGUUUAGCUGUGUUGCAUCUGCCAUCCAGACACCUGCUUUUAACCACUGAGAUCCACAAUCACUGGAAUCAGCAAUGGCUCCUUUGAGGUCUGGAGCACAGGGGCUCUCUCCUGUAACUCUAUGCUGUGUGACACUGGCUGUUUGGCUGUGUUGUGGAGCUCAUACAAAGGCUUCUGUACUCAACCUGAAGCGUUUCAUCGGCUGUGCAGUCAGAGAAUUUACCUUUCUGGCCCGUAAGCCGGGAUGCAGUGGGCUGCACAUCACCACUGAUGCCUGCUGGGGACGCUGUGAGACCUGGGAAAAACCAGUCCUGGACCCUCCCUUCAUCGAGUCACACCAGCGCGUGUGCACUUAUAAUGAAACUCGAUUAGAGACAGUGCAGCUGCCAAACUGCUCAGCAGAUGUGGACCCGUCCUACACAUAUCCAGUAGCCCUCCGGUGUGACUGUGGGGUUUGUCUCACCAGCACCACGGAAUGCAUCACUUCGGUCUGAUGGAGAAAUCGGCCUCAACUUUAGUUAUGGUUAAAACACCAAAGAGCAUGUGCACUGCAGGAAUAUAAUUAAUAAAAAAAAACAAUCUGUUUGAUGUCUAUGUACAUGUGGGAGAGAUUUUACUUUCAAAUGGUCACUGUAGUCUGUUACAUUCUCAUCUUUGUAUUUUCCUCCUCCCUUUUUAACUGAAACGAGCAAAACUGAAUAAAACUGCAAACAUC